AUGCGCUGCUACAAACUAGGCUCCCACACAUCCAAAGACUGUCCCAAACCUGCAAACUUCCUCCUCUGCUCCGAGUGCGGGACGGAGGGCCACCGAUUCGGCUCCUGCACUGUCUCAACUGCGGGGGUGAUCACGGCAACCAAGGAGGCCAAAACAACAAGCCAAUCCCUCACCUACAGCGGGGCCGCUGCAUCCGCCUCUCCUUCGCCGACGCUGGUGCCCGCCCUCCCCACCAACCUGCCCACCAUUCUGCCCUCCACAAUCAACACCAUCUUCACGUGCGUGACACACGCACACUUCCAAAACGCGAUCUCGCCAGGGAGCUACGAGUCGUCGUUGAACUCGAUUCUGACUGCAAACAACCUCCCACCCAUCAUCAUCCCGGAGAUUCCUGACUCCCAAAAACUCUUCACCCUUGCCACUCAACCAGCACCUGCCCAAGCUCCUACCACUGCUGAGCCACCUCCUGCCCAUGACCUGCAGGAGAUCGCGGUGCUGAUACCCCCUCCAGAAGAUUCUCCACCCACUAGCCAGGCGGCCUCCCACUCCUCUGCACCAGCCUCCCCAGGCGAACACCAUGCCUGGAAUCGGGCCUGCGCCAACAGGCGAGAGCUGGUCGACAAACAGCGCACUGUCCAACAGCGCUGGGUCGUCACUCAUCGCCCUGCUCCUCUCUGCACCUUCUGCUGGGGCGCCCAGCAGCCCCCCGCGUCCACGGCUGCUCCAACGCCCCGCCUCUCCCAGGCUGCCCACCAGCUAUCUCUUACAAACCCUUCACCAGUUCCGUACGAGGAGAGCUUCCCUCCCCUUACCCCGCGCCAUCUGCCACCGCCUCCGCCGGCCCAGCUCACCGCUCCCCAAGCGCCCAACGCCAGCCGCCAGCCCCGCCGCCUUACUACAGCAGCUCCCACUGCCGCCCCUCCCGGCUGUCUCCUCAUCACAAGGGAGAUGAUGGUGGGCCUCUUGGAGGGCUUCGGGUGGAUUAUCGCAACGGCAAUCAAGUCGGACGUCGAGCCGAGAGUGUUCUCGGACGCAGCGCAGCAGGUGGUGGGCAAUCUCUUCCCGGAAACUCCGGCCAAGCAAGCUGUCGUACCUCCUGUGCAGGCUCCUUCCCCCGGCAGGCCAUCAUCAACCCCACCUACGCCGACCCCUCGUGCUCUGAAGACUCCCCUUCCACCUCCUCCUGCCCCCGUGCACGCGAGCAGCUCCGCACCCCUCCCAACCCCUCCGCCCGUUGCAACCAGCCAGCACUAUCCGUUGGUGGCACCGCCCCCUGCUCCCACCUCCCUGAACGCGGGCGGGCUACCGACCCGGCCAGUGAUGGCCCGCUACGGGCGCUCCAGGAAGCUGUCCGUGUAA